GUCAGUUAAAUUUCAUCACCAAGAGUACAAGUCGUCAUUCAUUCAAUUUUUGAAGUGAAGUUCUAUAUUGUAACGAAACUUGACUACAAAAUGGUCAAAGUAAUACAGUCCGUGGUUCUUUGCAUCUUACUUGGUUUUGUGUAUGGUGCGCCAGAAGACGCUACGAGUACUUUUCAACACAAGUUUGAGGAAACUUUCGAUGUCGAAGGGCAAACUUUGACCGAAAAAUUGGAACUAACAGAUGACGGUAUUAUAAUAAAUGUAGAGGAUCAAGAUGGGUCCAUUGCUUUGACAGUGUCCACUGACUACACUCAUGGACUGCUUAUUCAUCGAUACCAUCCCGAUGACAAUUGCUAUAUAUCCAGCAUAGCGCAGUAUGAUGACACAAAAUCGGCACAGGAAAGCACCUCAGGUGUUUUCAAGUACAGACUGGAACCAAUUUCAGAGAUUAACCGUUUUUACUACAGCCACACGGCUACCGACUCGAUGAAAGGCGUUUGCAAUGGCACUGAAAAAAUAUUAUGGAGUGAAAUUCAUGCUGCUGAUAAUGAGCUGAACACGCGACAGAAACGCGCUUGCAGAUUCACGUGCUGGCCUUAUUGUAGGUCUUAUCGGACAUGCUCUACGGCUUGCGGAUUGAAAUGUGACUUCUAAAAUAAUUUGAUAUAGCUUCAACAUAAUAAUAGUGGUAUAAUGUAGUGUGUUUUCAUUUGAUAGUGUAGGCCUAUAUCACGAGUCUAUAAAAUCGGAAAUAAUGUGUACAAAUACAGCGAAUUAUUUACCUCUCUGACCAUAGCCUACACUAAGGGUUUCACCAACAUUUAAUUUUCAUUAUUACAGAUUUAUUCAUUUGCAUUUAGUUUAAAAAGAAAUACGCUGUGCUCAGCGAAUUAUACUAGACGAACGUAACAAGAAUAAAAUGCAGAAAAAAAUAAAUAACUAAGUGAUAGAAAUCCGACGAUCUUGCCUAUGAAAAGUCGAUGAUAUAUAGGCCUAUAAAUGUCAAUGCUUAUUAAUAAUAAAUUAUGUUGUAUGUCUAAA